AUGUUUUCCUCUUUUUUAACUUCUGAUUUUUUUCUUUCUUCUUUGUCCUUUUUUCUCCUCUUUCUUCUCUCCUCUUUCUUUUCCCUUUUUUCUUCUUUUCUCUUCUCUCCUUUUUCUUCUUUUUUUCUUUCCUCUUUUUUCUUCUUUUCUUUUCUCUUCUCUUUUUUCUUUUCUUUUCUCUUUUUCUUUUUUCUCUCUUCUCUUCUCUUCUCUUUUCUCUUUCUUCUUUUCUCGUUUUUCUUCUUUUCUUUUCUCUUCUCUUUUUCUUUUCUUUUCUCUUUUUCUUUUUUCUCUCUUCUCUUCUCUUUCUUCUUUUCUCUUCUCUUCUUUCUUUUCUUUUCUCUUUUUUCUCUCUUUUUUCUUUUCUCUUCUUUUUCUUCUUUUCUUUUCUCUUUUUUCUUUUCUCUUCUCUCCUCUUUUUCUUCUUUUUUUCUCUCCUCUUUUUUCUUCUUUUCUCUUCUCUUUUUUCUUUUCUUUUCUUUUUUCUCUCUUCUCUUUUCUUUUCUCUUCUCUUUUUCUUCCUUUCUCUUUUUUCUUCUUUUUUUUCUCUUCUCUCUUUUCUUUUCUCUUUUUUCUCUCUUCUCUUUUCUUUUCUCUUCUUUUUCUUCUUUUCUUUUCUCAUCUUUUUUUUCUUUUCUCUUUUCUUCUUUUCUCUUUUCUUCUUCCUUUGCCAUAAUAUUCACUAAAACAAAGCCGCUCGUAGAUAAGGAAAACAUAAAAGUUCUCUCUUCUUUCUUUUUUUUUUUUUUUCGCUUUCUUUUUCUUGAUUUCAUUUUUCUUUUCUCUUUUUGUUCUCUUUACACGUUUUACUUUUCUUUUCGCUUUCUUUUUCUGUUCUGUUCUUUUUUGUUUUCUCUUCAUUUUGUUUUAUUUCUCUUUGCUCUUUUUUUCCUUUUUUCUUUUCGUUCUUACUUUUUUCUCUUCUGUGUUUUCUAUUUCUUUCUCUUAAACUUUUCUUUUUCUUGCAUUUUACUCUUUUUUUUUCUUUUCUCAAUGAUCUUAUAUUCUUCUUUCACUUAUGUUUUACCUUUGUCUUACAAUCUCGUGUUUUUUCAUAUUAAAACUCUAUCACGAAAUUUUUACUUUUUGCUGUGUUUCUAUAAACUUUCUUUUUUUCUUUCUUUCUUCCUUCCUUUCUUUCCUUCUUUUUUUCUUCCCUCCUUCCUUUCUUUCCUUCUCUCCUUUUUUCCUUUCUUUCUUUAUUUCUUUCUUUCUUUCAUUCUUUCUUCCCUUCUCUCUUUCUUUCCUUCUUUCUUUCUUCCCUCCUUUCUUUCCUUCUUUCUUUCUUCCCUCCUUUCUUUCCUUCUUUCUUUCUUCCCUCCUUUCUUUCUUUCUUCCUUCUUUUUUUCUUUCAACUGUUUUCCACUCUCUCUUUCUCCCGCUAUCUUUGUUAGAUUAAUAAUUUGUCACCUCUCACUUACUUUCUUUUAUUUCUCUCAAUCUGCAUCUCUCUUCUCGACAUUUUUCUUUUCCCUCUUAAAUGUUUUUUUUUUAUUUCCUUUUAUUUCUGCUUAUCAAUUUCUGUCAUUUCUUUCCUUUCUACUCCUUUCUUCCUUUCUGUCUUUUCCACUCUUACCCUUCACUUUUCUUUCUUUUUUUUUUGCCUUCUCCUAUUCUAUCUCUUUACCUCCAACUUGCACGCUUUCCCAUUUUCCUUUUAUGAACGACGCUAUAUCCGUCCUUUGUUUUUCCAUGUUAUUAUUUCUCUCUUCUUCGUUCCUAUGUCGAUUUCCUCCUCCUCUCUCUCUCUCUUAUUCACACACACACACAAAAUAUCCUUGUUUUCUUCAACUUUCUUUCUCACCUCUCUUCGUCUCUCUCUUAAAUCACCUUAACUCCCACUCGCUUUCUCUUUCCUUUGUUCCGCUUACAAACAAUACACCUAAAUCUCUAUCUAUUUUCGCUUCUAUGAGAGAGAGAGAGAGAGUUAAAGGAAGUACUGUAUCUACCGAUAUCUACAUCGACCCAUAA